AUGCCAGACAGCUUUCCAAUGGAGAUUCAAUCCAAUCAGACCUUUCACUUCAAGCAAGUCAGACCACCUGCUUUGGCCAUUGCCCCAGGGAGCGUUCAUUUCACCCUCUACGCCACGUUUUUACCCCGCAGCGGGGCCAUCCAGAAUCCAGUUGCCGAUAUCCUGGUAACUCUGACAGGGGAUAGCCAGCUGCUCCUGCCCGCCAAUGGCUUGGAGUUUGAUGAUUGUUCGGGCAAUGAGGUCGUAUACUUUGUGAGCAGUGACCCUAGAUUCAGCGUAUGGGCCGAUGGUUCCAUACACACAUACAGUGACAUCAGCAGUCUGUCUUUGCCAGUCAACUUCACACUGACGGCUAGGAACACCCAGAACAUGCGCAGCUGGGAGACUACCAUCAAACUGGUGCUACAGGGAGCACAAACGUCCCCUGACAGACAGAUAACACAAAAAAGAAUAUAUAAAGAUGGGGAUAAAACAAAGGAUUGGCACAAUAUUGAGAAACCAGGUGUAACCACACCCCUUCAUAGCGUCAUCACGUUUCCUAAGCAACCACAAACCAGCACCAAUGGGCUGCGACGUCAGAAGAGGGACUGGGUCAUCCCACCAAUCAAUGUGCCUGAAAACUCACGAGGCCCCUUUCCACAGAUGUUGGUCAGCAUCCGCUCAGAUAAGGACCAGUCCAAAACCAUCCGGUACAGUAUCACAGGAGCAGGAGCUGACCAGCCCCCCAAUGAGGUCUUCAGCAUUGACCCUGAGUUUGGAAAAAUGUUUGUUACCAAACCCCUUGACCGUGAGGAACGCUCCUCUUAUCAUUUGCGUGCUCACGCAGUGGACAUUAAUGGAAACCAGGUGGAGCAGCCAGUUGAUCUCUACAUUUUUGUCAUUGACAUGAAUGACAACCGACCCGAAUUUAAAAACCAGGUUUACAAUGGAUCAGUGGAAGAAGGAUCCAAACCAGGCUCCACGGUGAUGAAAGUGACGGCCCAUGAUGCAGAUGAUGACACUACAUCCAAUGGGAUGGUUCAUUACCGUAUCCUCUCUCAGACUCCACACAGUCCAAUCUCCAACAUGUUCACCAUUAACAGAGAAAGUGGAGACAUCGUUACUGUGGCAGCAGGGCUCGACAGAGAGAGAGUGGCCCAGUACACUGUGAUAGUGGAGGCUACAGACAUGGAGGGGAAUCUAAACUUUGGUCUGUCCAGCACUGCCACAGCUAUCAUCGCCAUCACAGACGUCAAUGACAACCCACCAGAACUCACAGCCAGCACGUUUUCUGGGGAGGUUCCUGAGAACAGUGUCAAUGUGGUCGUGGCAAACCUGACCGUUAUUGACCGGGACCAACCCAAAAGCCCCAACUGGAACGCCGUGUACAGGAUUGUGAGCGGAGAUCCGUCCGGUCACUUCACCGUCCGGACCAACCCAGAAAACAAUGACGGAAUGGUUACAGUGGUGAAGCCAGUGGAUUUUGAGAUGAAUCGAGCGUUUAUGUUGACUGUGGUGGUAUCUAACCAAGCGCCUUUGGCAAAUGGUAUUCAGUCAUCUCUCCAGUCCACUGCCGGAGUCACCAUCUCAGUGAAGGAUGUAAAUGAGCCGCCCAUUUUCCCUGACAAUCCCAAACUCAUCCGUUUUGAGGAGGGUGUCCCAGCGGGAACAACUCUCACAACUUUUUCUGCUAAUGACCCAGACCACUUCAUGCAGCAAGUCGUCAGGUACGUGAAACUGGCUGAUCCAGCAAACUGGCUGACCAUUAAUGCCACCAACGGUCAAAUAUCCACCACUGCCAUUUUGGACAGGGAAUCCAUCUAUGUCAAGAACAACAUCUAUGAAGCCACUUUCCUCGCUGCAGACAAUGGCUCUCCUCCGGCAAGCAGUACAGGCACACUGCAGAUCUAUCUGAUUGAUGUGAAUGAUAAUGCUCCAGCACUGGUGCCCAGAGAAGCUCAGAUCUGUGAGCGAAGCAGCACCAACUCCAUCAACAUCACAGCGGCCGAUGCCGACACCGACCCAAACGUGGGCCCGUUUGUCUUUGAGCUGCCCAACUUCCCCUCCAGUAUCAAACGCAACUGGACCGUGUCCCGAAUCAAUGGUAACUACGCCAGGCUGAGUUUGAGGAUCCAGUUUUUGGAGUCGGGUGUGUAUGAGGUGCCCAUCUCUGUGUCAGACUCAGGGAACCCCCCGCUGUCUAACCGUUCAGUGAUAAAGGUGAAGGUGUGUCCAUGUGAUGAGAAUGGAGACUGUACCACAGUGGGAGCUGUGGCAGCUGCAGGCCUGGGUACUGGAGCCAUUAUUGCCAUCCUCAUCUGCAUCAUUAUACUACUCAGUAUGGUGCUGCUGUUUGUGGUUUGGAUGAAACGCAGAGAAAAGGAACGACAGACAAAACAGCUCCUGAUCGACCCAGAGGACGACGUCAGAGACAACAUUCUCAAAUAUGAUGAGGAGGGAGGAGGAGAGGAAGACCAGGACUAUGACUUGAGUCAACUGCAGCAGCCUGACUCUUUGGACCACAUCAUGAACAAACCCCCUGGGGUGAGGAGAGUGGAUGAGCGACCCAUCAUCCCUGAGUCCCAGUACCCCAUAAGACCAAUGGUGCCCCACCCCGGAGACAUCGGAGACUUUAUCAAUGAGGGUUUGAGAGCUGCGGAUAAUGAUCCCACUGCACCUCCCUAUGAUUCUCUCCUGGUGUUUGACUACGAGGGUAGUGGUUCCACGGCCGGUUCAGUUAGUUCCCUCAACUCCUCCAGCACAGGAGAUCAGGACUAUGACUACCUCAAUGAUUGGGGACCACGCUUCAAAAAACUCGCUGAUAUGUACGGGGGCGUGGAUGACGACUAA